UUCACAGCCCUCCCGCUCAGGGCUCAAACCGCUCAUCCGGCUCAGGUUCACGUAUUCCCUCUGUUUCUUAAACCUUUCCCUUCUCUCGUCUCUCGGACUCUCACCUCCUUGCUCUUCCUUCCCUGGCGGCGACGACUGGACGAGCGGCGGCGCCAUUUGUCCUGUCUUCGCCCAGCCCUUUGCCGGCGACGAGCACAUCCUCCAGAAUUAUCGGGUGUAUAUGUUUAACCAAUGUCAUAUGCUGGGUCCGCCCCUGAUUGAGAGUGCGCAUCUAGAAUAAUGUCUGUGCUUACCUGCGUGAUUGAAAGCAUGGGCUCAUCCUGUAGCAGACCUCAUUCCUUAAACGAGGCUGAAGCAACUGAAAAUGCAAAGUCUGCUGACAUCGACCGGCGGAUUUUGCAAGAGACAAAGGCAGAGCAACACAUCCACAAGCUCUUACUUCUUGGUAGCACCUACUUACUCGAACUCAAGAGGUGUUUUGUCAUGUGAAGUAUCUGUUGCUGUGUGGACUUUUGUCUUGAUAGUUUGCUGGGUCAGCCAAAAUUAAUAUCUCUAUAUUUUCUCCCUAUUCAAUUCUAUUUGUCUAUCUUUUAGUCUUGAAAAUGCUAUCUUUGCAUGUUGGUCAUCAAUAAAUUAGUUUGCCUGUCUAUCUUUCUUUGCAAGGUGCUGGAGAAUCGGGAAAGUCGACAAUAUUUAAACAGAUAAAGCUCCUUUUCCAAACUGGUUUCGAUGAGACAGAACUUAGGAGCUAUACUUCAGUCAUCCAUGCAAAUGUGUAUCAGACAAUUAAAGUAUGCUAUACUAGAAAGGAUUCUAUAUGACGGAGCUAAAGAGCUAGCCCAAGUGGAACCAGAUUCCUCAAAAUAUGUUCUAUCCCCAGAUAAUCAGGAGAUUGGAGAGAAACUAUCAGAAAUUGGUGCAAGAAUGGAUUACCCAUUGCUGAACAAAGAACUUGUACAGGAUGUAAGAAAACUAUGGCAAGAUCCAGCCAUUCAGGAAACUUAUUCACGUGGAAGUAUUCUGCAAGUCCCUGACUGUGCACAGUACUUCAUGAACAAUUUGGACCGAUUAGCUGAAGUAGAUUAUUUACCAACAAAGGAGGAUGUGCUUCAUGCAAGAGUACGGACAAAUGGUGUGGUAGAAAUUCAGUUUAGCCCUCUAGGAGAGAGCAAAAGAGGUGGAGAGGUCUAUAGGUUAUAUGAUGUUGGCGGCCAAAGAAAUGAGAGAAGGAAGUGGAUUCAUCUUUUUGAAGGUGUUAAUGCUGUGAUCUUUUGCGCUGCCAUUAGUGAGUAUGAUCAGGUGUUAUUUGAGGAUGAGACUAAGAACAGAAUGAUGGAGACCAAAGAACUCUUUGACUGGGUCCUAAAGCAAAGAUGUUUCGAGAAAACCUCAUUCAUGUUGUUUCUCAACAAAUUCGACAUAUUUGAGAGGAAAAUACAAAAGGUUCCUUUGAGUGUUUGUGAGUGGUUUAAAGACUACCAGCCUACUGCGCCUGGUAAACAGGAGGUUGAACAUGCCUACGAGUUUGUGAAAAAGAAGUUUGAGGAGCUCUACUUCCAGAGCAGCAUGCCAGAUCGUGUAGACCGAGUUUUCAAGAUUUACAGAACAACUGCCCUGGAUCAGAAACUUGUAAAGAAGACAUUUAAGUUGAUCGACGAGAGCAUGAGGCGCUCCAGAGAAGGAACUGGACCGAGUAUGUGUUGUAAGUCACAAGAAAAGUAAUUAGGAUGGUGAGAGGAACAGAAGGUUUACGGCCUUACAGCUUUGUUAUUGUAUUUUUUUUCUUUUUUCUUUUUUGUAUGGGGAACAUUCAUUGAUCUUUUGUUCUUCCACAAGCCAGUAAAGAUAUCUGUUGUGCACUGUGGUCAAUGGAAAGUUUGGAUCCUCCCCA